AUGAAAAGGCAAAAUGCCAGAAGCUCAGUUACAAACUCGUCUAUCCUCUUCAUAAUCUCCAAUAAUCCAUCGACGAAGUUCUUGCAAAUGGCCGGAAGUUCCGAGAAGGACUCUAAGAAAGUGGACGUAUCCGUUCAGCACGAAUGCCCGCUGAAUCUCCUUCCUCGCGAAAUUUGGUCGAUUAUUGCCACCAUGGUUGCAUCGAAUUCGAUUGAGGAUAUGUUCAACAUGCAAGCGACGUGUAAGGUUUUCCUCGGUGCGGCGAGAUCAGACGCUGUAUACAAGCAUGCGACGAUGUCUUAUAAAUCAUUAGCGCGCUUUUUACUUAAACUCGACGGACCUGAAAGGAGAUUCCUUGAUCGCUGCAUGAAAGUGGAAAAUGUGGAUGCUAUAGUCCGACAUGGGUUCGCGGAAUAUCUCUGGUUUGGUCGCCUUGACAAAGGCAUGGAACUGCUUGCUAGGGCCUCAACGGAGGGCAGCGUCGAAGCAGAUUAUCUUUAUUCCAUGUUGCUAAUGUUUGAUCACGAAGACGAGGAAGACAUGGUUAGGGGUGUUCAAAUGAUGGAGGGUUUUCGUAUUUCUGGGCAGCUCGAGAGCUACACCAAUUUCUUGACGGACGUUUGCAAAGAUACCACGGUGACCUUAAAUGAAUUGUUUGCAUGCAUCUGA